AUGAAAGAGAUACAAGUAAUUCCCACUUCUUAUCCUCUUCCUCAAUCUCUAAGUAAUCUCCCUUCUACUUCUGAAGCUAUUAUUGAUGGUCGGCCGUAUCGUAAGUUUACUACAACUCUUCAGUCGCUAGAACAUCCAGGGCUUCCCGUUUAUCUCUGGGUGGAAGAAGGCCAGACUAAUCCAUUUAUCGAUCUUAUAACUCAACUUAACUUAGUGUCGAGAACAGUCCCGACUAGUUUAAUAUCAACUACUACCAAUCCUAAACCCAAACCAACUACUACUCUGGAUCGUUUCUUUAAACCCACUACUCUUCAAUAA